AUGCAGAAAAUUCCUUAUGCAUCUGCAGUAGAAAGUUUGAUGUAUGCACAAGUCUGUACUCGACCAGAUUUGGCAUACAUUGUCAGAAUGUUAGGCAGAUAUCUGAGUAACCGUGGUAUGGAUCAUUGGGUAGCAGUCAAGCGGGUUAUGCGUUAUUUGAAAAGAACUAAAGACUACAUGCUCACAUAUAAGAAAUCGGACCAACUGGAGAUCGUUGGAUAUUCAGAUUCGGAUUUUGCUGGAUGCCAAGACAGUCGGAGAUCCACUUCAGGUUAUAUCUUCAUGCUUGCUGGAGGAGCAAUCUCAUGGAAAAGUGUUAAACAAACACUCAUUGCUUCUUCCACUAUGGCCGCUGAAUUUAUAGCAUGUCAUGAGGCAUCCAAUCAUAGAAUAUGGCUGCGGAAUUUUGUCACUGGACUAAAGAUUGUGAAAGGAAUUGAAAGACCACUAAAGUUAUUCUGUGACAAUAAAUCAGCAGUCAUGUAUUCGAACAACAAUAGGAGUUCAACUAAGUCAAAGCACAUUGACAUCAAAUUCCUAGUUGUUAAAGAAAGAGUUCAGAGUGGUCAUUUAUAUAUAGAACAUAUUGGUACAAACUCCAUGAUUGCGGAUCCGCUAACUAAGGAAUUACCACCCAAGGUCUUUUUGGAGCAUACUGCUCAAAUGGGUGUUAUGUUAUUUGAAGAUAUUCAGAUUUAG